AAGGCCGAAUCUAAAAAAAAACUCAAAACCCUAGCCGCAGUGAAGGUCCAAAACACAGUUUUAGUUGUUAGCUCUCUCGAAUCUCUCAGUUUUGAUAUUUUCAAUCAAAAGAAAGAGGAGAGAGCCCAUUAGCCCCUUGGUCGUUUCCCUCCUCUCUCUCUCUUAUUCAAAGUUGCUCUUCUUUCUCCUCCCGCGGUCUGGGUUCUCAGGACUUUGUUUGAUGAUGAUUGAUAACAAUGGCUCCUUGGAGAUUGAUGAUGACCAAUCCCAUAUGGAUGUCACUUGCAUGGCUUUGUCUAAGGAUCUCCCUAAUGCCGAUACUGACGAUGGCUUGCUCCCUGAACCCGCCAAGCGCAGGAGGAAGAAGUCUAUGGUCUGGGAGCACUUCACCAUUGAAACUUGUAGCCCUGGAUCUACCAAAGCCUGCUGCAAACACUGCAAGAAAUCAUUCGCCUACAUUACUGGCCAAAAGUUGGCUGGAACUAGCCACCUUAAGCGUCACAUUCAAUUGGGUAUAUGCCCUAUGACCCGAGACAACACUCUGCUCCCACAUGUCCUUGACUCCAAAGAUCCUACCACUGCUCCUCCCAAAAAACGCCCGAGGUCUUCUGCUACACACCUUAACUUCCCCCUUGAUCAAGAUCAUUGCUACAGUCAGAUGGCAAAGAUGAUUAUCAUGCAUGACUAUCCCCUUCACAUGGUCGAGCAUUCCGGAUUUACUGGUUUCGUGCAGUCCCUUCGUCCCCAAUUCAGUAUCCCAAGCUUCAAUACCAUUCAUGGUGAUUGUGUCAAUAUCUACUUGUCCGAGAAGCAAAAACUUUCAAACUUCAUCUCUGAGAUUCCUGGCCGAGUUAACCUUACUGUAGAUUUUUGGUCAUCAAAUCAGUCAGUUGGUUAUGCUUUCGUGACGGGACACUUCAUUGAUAGGGACUGGAAUUUAACUCACAGGCUUCUAAAUGUUGCUGUCGUUCCUUCUCCUGAUUCUGACUUUGCUCUAAAUCAGCCUAUUUCAGCUUGUUUAUCCGACUGGAAUCUUGAGAGAAGGCUUUGCAGUCUCACUGUUGGGCAAUCAGUAGUAAAUAAAACCUCUAUUGAAAACCUCAGAUGUUGUUUGUCGGCCAGGAACCAGCACGUAUUAAACGGUCAGUUGUUGUUGGGUAGCUGCUAUGCUCGCCUCCUAAGCAGUAUGGCGCAAGAUCUGCUUGGAGCUGAGGAUCUUGAAGCACCCAUAAAGAAAGUCCGCGAUAGUAUUAAGUAUGUGAAAACUAAAGACAGUUGCGGAGAGAGGUUUGAUGAACUGAAGAGACAACUUCAAACCCCUUCUACAAAAGAUCUCCUCAUUGACUACCAAACAAGAUGGGACACAAGUUACAACAUGUUAGUGGCUGCCUGCGAACACAAAGAAGUAUUUUCUUGUCUGGGAAACUGCGAUCUUGAUUAUAAAUUGUCAACAUCUCCAGAAGAAUGGAGAAAGAUUGAGUCUCUUUGCUCGUGUUUGAAGAUUAUUUUUGAUGCAGCCAAUGUAUUGACUCACUCAACUCGAUUGACAGCAAAUGAUUUUUAUCAUGAAAUGACAAAGCUUCAGCUAGAGCUAAGCCACACAGCCAUGAGUGAAGAUCCGGACGUUAGAAACCUAGCUAACCCAUUGAAAGAGAAGUUUGACGAGUACUGGAGAAAAUGUUUCCUGCUUUUGGCAGUUGCUGUGGUGAUGGAUCCGCGCUUCAAAAUGAAGCUUAUUGAGUUUAGUUUCUCUAAGGCUUACGGAGAAGAUGCAGAUAAAUGGAUCAGGAGUGUUGAUGAUGCUGUACAUGAGUUGUACCUUGACUAUGCUGAACAGAGUCACUCACUGCUGGAUGCGUAUAUAGGCCACGAAAAUGAUGGCUUUUCUGAAACAUAUAUGUCUCAAGUUCGCUUCCAUAAUGAGAUGCCUCGUGAGUACCACCAAUCAAACGGAAUUUCACAUGAAGAAGUAUAUGAACAGUCUGAAGAUGGCAAUCAGCUGAAUGAAAAACCAAGAGAUCAUGUGGAGGAUACAGAUAUGACUCAAGACAGCCAGCCGGGGGAAGGAAAAGUGCCCGAGACACAGCCAAUGGAGGAAAUCGUCGAAGACACUCAGCCUGUUGAAGAAGUGGUGCAAGAAGAAACGUCACAUGUGAGCCGGACAGUGGACGACAAGGAUAUAACUCAUGACAUGCAACCAAUGGAUGAAAUGCUGGAGGACACUCAACCAGUUGAGGAAGUGGCUCAGGAGGCACAACAGGUGGAGAAGCAUAACAUUACUUCUCUUGAGGAAGAAGGACAUGAGAUGCAGCCAGUGGAGGAUUUACUCGAAAACACUCAACCAGUUGGUGUAGUGGCUCAGGAGGAACCACUGGUGGAGGAAAAGCAUAAUGAUAUUCAGCCAGUUGCGGGUGCAGGAGAUGAGACACAGGUUGUCGAGGGAAUACUAGAGGACACUCAGCCAGUUGAGGAGUUGGCACAAGAGGUACAACCAGUGGAGCAAAUUCCUGAACACAGCCAAAACCUUCAAAAACCUGAUAGUAUACUUUGCCAAGAGUAUUCUCGAGAAGGCGAGGAAGCUGUACAACAAGAGCAGCAAUCAGAUGGACGUACAGACUCAGAUCAACAUCCUCAAUCAGAUGCAAUUCCACAGGAAGAAGAGGCACACCAUGAUUCUCAAUCACAUGCAAUGCCGCAGGAAGAAGCCACAUUUACAAUCUCGCAAGAAGGUCACCACGUUGACGUCCUUCUCCAGGAAGGCCACCACCUUGAAGCAUCUUCGCAGGAGUUUCCCCUCAUCACCAUUGGAGAUGGGUUCUCAGACUUUGAGCUUUACAUCUCCGAGGUAGGUAGUCACCAACAGAUGAAAUCAGAGCUCGACCAAUACCUGGAGGAAUCUCUGAUGCCGCGUUCACAGGACUUUGAGGUUCUAGGCUGGUGGAGCCUGAACCGAACCAAAUACCCUACCCUCUCCAAGAUGGCGGCUGAUGUUUUGUCCCUACCCUUUUGCACCGUCUCUCCGGAUUCAGUGUUUGACACGGAGGUGAAAAAGAUGGACAAUUACAGGAGCUCCCUUCCACAUGUAACCUUGGAAGCUCUCUUCUGUGCCAAGGACUGGUUCAAACACGGCUCCUCCAGUUCCAGCUCAAAUAACAAUCUGAAAAGGGAAUCUUGAGGUUUCCUUAUCAUUCCUUGUCCUUAGAUUUAGUUUUAGCUUACUAUAUAUUUCGCUUUGGUCGCUUUAGGCUAAUCUCAACUUUUUAGCCUUGUACUUCUGCUUAUGAUUCUGACUUUGUUUACCGAAACUGGAAUCUGUUUGCUUGUGUUUUCUUUAAUUUUGUUCGAGCAACUAGAUUUAUUUUGGGCUUUUUAUUUGGGCUUAUGAACAUUUUAAUCCCAAAUAUAUAAAUAAAAUGGAUUGAGCUC